AUGCUCACCAACGGAGGAAUAACUCAAAGUCAUGACUACAUAGCUCAGAAGUGUCAUAUUUUACCAAAGGGGACGGUUCUCAUAGCUGGCGGUGGCCCUGUCGGUUUACUUCUUGCCAAAGUACUGUCACAUUAUGGCACCAGGUCCGUUCUGUUCGAGCGCAAUCAGACCACCACCCGCUGGCCCAAGAUGGAUCUUACAAAUGCCCGCUCCAUGGAAUUGUUUCGCAAGCUAGGUCUAGCUGAUGACCUGAGACGGCAGGGGGUCCUCGCUCACAUUGGCCAGCCUGUGUUGGUAUCGUCUGGCCUCUCCGCGAAGGAACCUAUAACAAGGUGGGAUCUCCCGAGCGUUGAGAUGUUCCGAAAAGAGAUUCGAGAGAAAAACGACGGAACUAAGCCCUCGGAACCUUGGCAGAGGCUGUCGCAAGCGAUAUUCGAGAAGUGGCUGAAAGAUAUUUGCGAUAAGGAUCCUUUGAUCGAUCUCCAUUUUGGCUACAAGGUUGAAUCAGUCCAGGAGGAGAAGGAUCACGUCAAGACGACCGUCACAUCCGCAGACUCGGGCGCCUCUUUUCAAUUUUACUCGGACUAUGUCGCUGGCUGUGACGGUGCAUCCAGCAGAGUCCGAAAGUCGCUGGGUCUUCCUUUGGACGGGGGACCGGUCCCGACGUGCGUUCUUCUCGUCCAUUUUAAAUCUCGUGACCUUACCCGCCUACAUAAGCAAGGCCAGUUCUGGCAUAUCUUUUUCCUAGCCGAACACGGCGGCUUUGGCGGAGCCGUCAUCGCCCAGGAUGAAGUCGACACCUGGACUACUCACCUGUUUCUACCUCUGGAUGCAGAACCGGAAAAGAUCGACUCACGAGACGCCGUGUAUAGAGUUCUCGGCGGCAUUUACGGAGAAUAUCGAAUCGAAAUCGACGAAAUUCUUGUUCGGUCUGUCUGGCGACCUAAUAUUGCUGUGGCUCGCCGCUGGAGCAGCCCGAACUAUCGUGUCCAUAUCGCUGGCGAUGCAGCACAUCAAAAUAUCCCAACUGGAGGUUACGGAAUGAAUAUGGGCAUUGCGGACGCCUUCGAUCUGGGAUGGAAGCUUGCUGCCGUCAUCAAUCGAACAGGUGGCAGCGACUUACUCGAGUCUUACGAGAUGGAGCGAAGACCCGUAGCCCUUCGAAACGUCGAGCGCUCCGGCGUUCACUUCCAGGUCCACGACAGUCUCAGAGAACUCUUAGCUGGUCGGGAUCCGCACAGUAUUGACGAGGACACAGAGGACGCAUGUCGAAUCCGAACCAUUAUUCACAACCAUUAUCAAUCGCACGAUGGUGAGAACAAGGACUUUGGCAUCGAAAUGGGGUACCGAUAUAGGUCACCGGUCAUUAUCCAGGACGAUAGACUAGAAGCCGAGCCUCACUGGGAGCCGUCAAAAUACACUCCAACGUCUUGGCCGGGUGGCCGGCCUCCACACAUCUUUCUCUCAGACGACACACCAAUAUUUGACAAGUUUGGCAGAGAUUGGACACUCCUCAUCUUUUCGAGCGAAAGUUGCGGGGAAGAUUUCAUGUACGAGGCAGCCAGGACUCUGUCGGUGCCCUUGGAACAAGUCGCCUUGGGUGGCGAGGACUUGGCGAAGAGACUAUAUGAAAAGCGUCUCGUUUUAGUCCGACCGGAUCAGCACGUCGCAUGGAGAGGGGACAAAAUAAAUAGCGCAGAAGAGGCAAAGAAGGUGUUACAGGUUGUCACAGGAAGGGCUAAGUCCUGCAAGAGAGAAAGAGCAGCUAAUAUUGCCGCGGCACCCACAUCUGCAUUCACAGCUACGAACGCGCUGACGACCCAGGUGGAUGAUUUCAAGUUAGAUAAGAUGGGAGCGUUUCAAAUGUAG